GUGAGACAGUCCCAUUGCAAGAGGCCCCUGGGCAUUGCCAUUUUCCUCUUUCCCCUGUCUAGGUUGCCAGCAAAUCUCAAAAGCCCUCUGAGAGACUGAGCCGUGGUUCCCAGGUCCCUCCAGCUCCGGAAAGAUGAAUUCCUAUGUCACCAUGAUGAAGCUGCUGCUGUCUGGGCCCUUGCUGUUCGGUAGGAAAUCAGGGGAGGAAGGGGAAGGGACAUGUGUCUGGGCUUUGUAGAGAAAACUUGGACUGCUCUAAAGAUGCAGCUGGCAUAGCAGGACCCAGGAAUCCUGAGGGGAGGAGGAAGAAAACAGAGAGAAAGAAGCCAGCUCCCAAAGCAUUGGUAGUGUGGACACAAAGACAGAGAGGGGACACAAAGGCAGACAUGAAGCCAGAUAUGGUGAUGCAAGUCCUUUCCCCUUUUCGGGUCUCCCUCCCUUCAAAUGAGCAAAUAAAGGUGCUCACAUCCCUGACAGCCCAGGAUGCCAAGAGUCAGAGGCCUGGAAAGACAGCAGGACCAGGAAGGGCAGUUUGACAUUUUCAGAUGAUGCCCAGGCUGCCUGAGAUAGGGGAUGGAAUGGGGGGAUCUGAGAUCUAAAGGUUCAGGGAGCGUUGCGUCCUUGGUGGCGAGGGGUGAUGGAGCUCGAGAUGAGUGGGGCGCAACCUCAUGGGGAGAGAAAGGGAAACUUGAGCCCCUGGGGCUGAUCAUUUGCCUUCCCAGGGGCCUGGGCCCCCUGACCACGGGAGAAGUGGGUGUGUGAGAUGGUGCAACCUACCUUGGGGCGUCCCCAUCUGGGCUCAUGCCUGAGAACCUGGUCACCCGGGAUCUCAGGGCCCCUUCCGUCAGCUCCUCUCUCACGGCCUCCACCUUCUCAUCCUGCCUUCUUUGCCGAUAGCAAAAGAAAAGUACGUCCUCUUCUUUGGGAAGACCCGCCAGUGCCUGGGGUGGCAGGGAGAGCCACUUCCUAACCCCCAAGGUCAAGGCCCUCGAGGGGAAGUCCAGCCCCUGUCCAGGGCGCAGGGUGUGGGCGGCCUGCUGGGCGUCUGCGGGUUCUGGGAAUCAGGCACGCGGGCAGGGGCCAAUCAGAGCCCGCACUCUCGGUGCGAGGGGGACAUAGGGGUCACGUGCUGCGGGGUCCUGACCGGAAGCAGCUGACCUCCCUCGCCUCUCUCAGCGCUCGCCUGUGGCUACAACCUGGAUGUGCGGCACGUGCAGAGUUUCUCCUUCCCACACGCCGGGAGGCACUUUGGGUACCGUGUCCUACAGGUCGGAAACGGGAGCUCCAGGUGAAGGGAACAGUACUGGAAACCUCUAUCAGUGCCAGCCAGGCCUGGGACACUGCCUACCCGUCAGCCUGAGUGGUUCCAACUAUACCUCAAAGUACUUGGGAAUGACCUUGGUGACAGACCCCACAGGUGGAAACCUUCUGGCCUGUGACCCUGGGCUGUCUCGGACGUGUGACCAGAAUACCUAUCUGAGUGGCCUGUGUUACCUCUUCCCCCAGAACCUGGGGGAACCUGUGCUGCAGGGACGUCCUGGCUAUCAGGAAUGUAUAAAGGGCAAUGUGGACCUGGUGUUUCUGUUUGAUGGCUCACUAAGCUUGCAGCAAAAGGAAUUUGAGAAAAUCCUGGACUUCAUGAAGGAUGUGAUGAGGAAACUCAGCAACUCCUCCUAUCAGUUUGCAGCUGUGCAGUUUUCCUCCUACUACAAGACGGAAUUUACUUUCUUGGAUUACAUUAGACUAAAGGACCCUAAUGUUCUGCUAGCCAACAUAACCCACAUGCGCCUGUUAACCAACACCUUCGGUGCCAUCAACUAUGUUGCAACUCAGGUGUUCCGGAAAGAGCUGGGAGCCCGGCCAGAUGCCACCAAAGUGCUCAUUAUCAUCACCGAUGGGGAGGCCACUGACACUGGCAACAUUGACGCAGCUCAAGACAUCAUCCGUUACAUCAUUGGGAUCGGAAAGUUUUUAAGUACCACACAAAGUCAGGAGACACUCCAUAAAUUUGCCUCAAAACCCACAGAGGAGUUUGUAAAGAUUCUGGACACAUUUGAGAAGCUCAAAGAUCUAUUCACAGAACUGCAAAAGAAGAUCUAUGUCAUUGAGGGCACCAGCAAACAGGACCUGACGUCCUUCAACAUGGAGCUUUCGUCUAGUGGGAUCAGUGCAGACCUCAGCAAGGGCCAUGUGGUCAUAGGCGCAGUUGGAGCCAAGGACUGGGCCGGGGGCUUUCUGGACCUGAAGGCAGACCUGCAGGAUGAGAUCUUUGUUGGCAAUGAACCCCUGACAGCAGAGGCAAGAGCAGGCUAUUUGGGCUACACGGUGAUCUGGCUGUCCUCGCAGGGGCCCACGUCCUUGUUGGCAGCUGGAGCCCCCCGAUACCAGCAUGUAGGGCAAGUACUGCUGUUCCAAGAGCCAAAGGACAGAGGUCACUGGAGCCAGGUCCAGAAAAUAGAUGGAACCCAGAUUGGCUCUUAUUUUGGUGGAGAGCUGUGUGGCAUUGAUGUGGACCAAGAUGGGGAGACAGAGUUGCUACUGAUUGGAGCCCCCCUGUUCUAUGGGGAGCAGAGAGGAGGCCGGGCAUUCAUCUACCAGAGGAAAACGCUGGGGUUUGAGAUGGUCUCAGAACUACAGGGAGAUCCUGGCCACCCCCUUGGACAGUUUGGAGCGGCCAUUACUGCCCUGGCAGACAUCAAUGGGGAUGGACUGAUGGACGUGGCAGUGGGAGCCCCUCUGGAGGCUCAGGGGGCGGUAUACAUCUUCAGUGGACAGAGUGGUGGGCUCAGCCCCCGGCCAAGUCAGAGGAUAGAAGGGUCCCAGGUGUUCUCAGGGAUUCGGUGGUUCGGACGCUCAAUCCAUGGGGUGAAGGACCUUGGAGGGGACGGCCUGGCAGAUGUGGCUGUGGGGGCUGAGGGCCAGGUGCUUGUGCUGAGCUCCCGUCCUGUGGUAGAUGUUGUCACUGAGAUGUCCUUCUCCCCAGCUGAGAUCCCAGUGCAUGAGGUGGAGUGCUCCUACUCAGCCAGUCACAAGACAAAGGAAGGCGUUAACCUUACUGUCUGUUUUCAGAUCAAGCCUCUCAUCCCUCAUUUCCAAGGUCGCCUGCUGGCCAACCUUACCUACACUCUGCAGCUGGAUGGCCAUCGGACCAGGAGCCGGGGACUGUUCCCAGGAGGAAGACACGAGCUCAGUGGGAUCACACCUGUCACCCCAGUCAAGACCUGCAUGAAGUUCUGGUUUAACUUUCCGGUCUGCAUUCAAGACCUCAUCUCCCCCAUCAAUGUCUCCCUGAAUUUCUCUCUUUUGGAGGAAGAAGGGACACCGAGGGACACAAGAGUGCAGGUCAAGGACAUGCCACCCAUUCUGAGACCCUCACUACACUCAGAGACCAAGGAGAUUCCCUUUGAGAAGAACUGUGGAGAGGACAAGAAGUGUGAGGCAAACCUGGGGCUGUCUACCCCUACCAGAUCCACAGUCCUGCCUCUGAAGCCCUCUGCCAGCCUUGAUGUGGAGUGGACACUGAGUAACUCAGGAGAGGAUGCUUACUGGGUCCAGCUGAACCUACAGUUCUCACAGGGACUGUCCUUCCGAAAGGUGGAGAUGCUCAAGCCACACAGCCAGAUGCCUGUGAGCUGUGAGGAACUUCCUGAGGACAAGGGACUCCCCACCAGGACUCUCUUGUGCAAUGUGAGCUCUCCCAUCUUCAAAGCAGGCAGCUCGGUUGGUGUUCACGUGAUGUUUAAUACCCUGCUGAACAGUUCCUGGGAGGACUUUGUCGAUCUGAACGCCUCUGUACACUGUGAGAACGAGGACUCAAGCCUGCUGGAAGACAACUCGGCCACUGCCCGCAUCGCCGUGCAGUACCCCAUCAACAUCCUCCUUGAGGACCAGGAAAAUUCCACACUCUACAUCAGCUUCAACCCCAGAGGUCCCAAGAUCCACCAAGUCCAGCACAUGUACCAGGUGAGGAUCCAGCCUUCUGUCCAUGACCACAACGUGCCUACCCUGGAGGCCUUGAUUGGGGUGCCACAGCCACUCAGCCAUGGGCCUAUCACGCACACAUGGAGGGUGCAGUUGGAGCCUCCUGUCACCUGCCAACAUGAGGACCUGAAGAGGUCACCCAGUGCAGCUGAGCCUUGUCUCCCUGGAUCCCAGUUCCGCUGCCCAGUUGCCUUCAGGCAGGAGAUCAUCGUCCAGGUGUUUGGGACCGUGGAGCUGGUGGGGGAGAUUGAGGCUUCCUCCAUGUUCAGCCUCUGCAGCUCGCUGUCUAUCUCCUUCAACAGCAGCAAGCAUUUCCACCUGUAUGGUAGCAACGCCUCCCUGGCCCAGGUCCUCAUGAAAGUGGAUGUGGUGUACGAGAAGGAGAUGCUGUAUCUCUAUGUGCUGAGUGGCAUCGGGGGACUGCUGCUGCUGCUGGUGAUUUUCCUCGCACUGUACAAGGUGGGCUUUUUCAAGCGAAACCUGAAGGAGAAGAUGGAGGCUGAUGAAGGUGUGCCGAAUGGAAUCCCUGGAGAAGACUGUGGGCCUCUGGCAACAUUUGGGAAGGAGGCCAUGGAUCUGGACUGUCUAGAGCCCCUCCAUGGGAAUGAGGCCCAGGAUGGAUGCAACAAGGACUGAGGCCCAGGCCUGAGGCACAGAGGCUGCAGAAUUGGACUUGAGACCUCUGGGGCCAGUCAGCCUCAGCCUGCAUUUUUUACUGUGUGUCCUCAGGCAAGUGGUCAGUCUCUCUCAGCCUCAGUUUCCCUGUCUUGAGCAUUGAGCUCAUUCCUGCCAACCUCCCCUGCAGGUGUAUAUGAAAAUCUGCUGAGGGAUGAGCCAAAAGGUUACAGAGGUGAGGCCUUGUAAUUACCAAAUGGCCCUGGCUUCCACAGCCUGCCUUGGUUUUCUGCCCAACAGAGAACAUCUGAUCUACGUUUGGAGAAGCCAUGAUCUCAAGACCCAGUGACUCUCUGGCCCUCACAUCUGCCCUUGGAGGUACAAAUGCCUCAGACUCCCAGGUCUGUCCCCACACCAUCUCCUGCCUGGAAUCCACCCCCCAUUCUUCCAGAGAGAGAGCAAAUCCAACAUGCCACUGCAUGGCUACUACAAAUGCCUUCCUCUUUGGUCAAAGACCAAAUUCCUUAAUAAGUUUUCCAAGGCUCUGCAAAAUUGGGUCACCGUAGCUUUCCCCAGCCUCUCCUGGAGAUAUGCUACCUGUCCUAUGGGGGUCCAGUUACUCCAGCCCCUCUCUGGAGCCGUGCUCUUUCCUGUCUCUCUGCAUUUGCCUAGCCAUCUCCUCUGCCCAGAACAUUCCUGUCCCCUCACUCUCUUUUUAUUUUUAUUUUUUAUUAUUCAUAUGUGCAUACAAGGCUUGGGUCAUUUUUCCCCCCUGCCCCCAUCCUGCCUCACUCUCAUUCAGCCUUCAGAUCUCAGUGCACACAUCAUUUCCUCAGGGCAGUCAGAUUCCUACAUUGUCCACACUUACACCAGCCUGCAUUCAUCCCUCAUCCCCCACCCCCAGGCUGCAUAUGUUCACUGUUUAAUGAUUGACUUCAUCUCUGCCUUGCCAACACUGGACUCCAGGAGGGUAGGUUGUAUAUACUUGUCCUGUUCACCCUGGGAUCCCUGGUGACAUCACAUAGUGGUGCACAAUUUAAUUGAAUUGAGGACGGAGCCCGUGGGAGGAUGCAGAAAAGGUUUGGAUGGGCCCCUGGCACCCCGAUCCUCCAAGGCUCAGCCUUCCCAGCCUCUCUUGAGACCUUCACACUUGUUAAGUAUCCCUGGGAGACUGAGCUCAAGGUGGGGACAAGUCUGUUCAUGUGGAACCCCAACACCACGCAUAGGGCCUGUACAUAUUUAUCCAGUAAGUGCGAAAUUCUGUCCAAUUUUGUGAAGUUUUUGUGCUGGUGCAACACCCAGCCUAGUUCGAUGAAAUAAAAUUUCCCUCCCUACCUUUUCACUAAGCGGGACCAAAAUAAUCCCCUUUAUUUCUUCCUCUUUUUUUUAAUUGCCAUGAUGACCCUCAUAUCCUCACACUACAGGCUCAUUCAAAACAGAAACAGAGAAAGACACCAAAUAGGAGAACAGGUUAGGGACAUUUAACAGUUCAUCAGUAUGGGAGUGUAAUGUACAGCAUGCCUGUAAUCCCAGCAUUUGGGAGGUUGAGACAGGAGGAUCAUGAGUUCAGACCAGUUUGGGGUGCAUAAGGGGAUCCUGUCUCAAAAAAGAUGGGAGUCUAAGGAGCUGAGGAUAUGACUUAGUAGUACAGCGCUUUCCUAUCAUGCACAAAGCCCUGGAUUUGAUCCCUGGCACUGGGGGAAAAAAAAAAAGAUGGCAGUAUGGACCCUUCUCAAUCUUUUAUUUAAAGCAUGGAUGGAAGGGGCGUGGCCUUCAGCCCCCCCCAUAGAAAAAAAGAGGGGGGACCAGACACGGAUGUCUACUAGGACCGCCCCCCAGGUAAUAUUUAGUGAUUAAGUUCAGCCCCAAGCCCGGGACUGGAAAGAGAAACUACUGAAGCCGACUCCAUAAGACAGGAGGUGAGAGGCAACCUGUUAGUCCCUCAGGCCCCCUCUGCCUAGAGGGGAGUAUGUGAACAUUCCUGAGCCUGCCAUGCAUGACCCAAGACAGUCAUUCAAAGCCCGCCAGCCUCCCUGGUGCACCAGCCAUUCUGGUUCAGCACCAAGGAACCCUGGGGCUGACUUGUAAGCAAGACAGGAAGGCUGGGCACUGGUGGCUCACGCUUGUAAUCCUAGCUACUUGAGAGGUUGAGAUCGGGAGGAUCACAGCUCCAGGCGAGCCCAGGCAAAUAGUUUGUCCAUCUCUAAAAUAACCAGAGGAAAAUAAAGGGUAUUGCUUAAGUAGUGAAGCAACUGCUUUGCAAGUGUGAAGCCCUGAGUUCAAACCCCAGUCCCACCAAAAAAAAAAGAGGAGGGAAGAAGUGAGUCCAUUUUCCCAGAGGAGAGGCAACAUUUAACUGUCAGGAAUGUUGCAGGACUACUGUCAGCACAUGAAUGAUCUUUAGGUAUCAUGAAAUGUUUCUAAUUCACUCAGGGUUCUCAUUUUUAGAUUUGGAGGGUUUUGUCAUUUUUCCGACAAGGUCUGACA